GGGACGAAGGGCCGUCAGCAGCAGCAGAUCAGCAACAGGCGAGAGGAGAUCGACCGAGCGCAAGCCCAAGCGCAGGACAUGCCAAGCCGACACUCCGCAAGGCUGCGGCUCAGUCAUGUGAAAGUCACACCCGGCUCGCCAAAUGAGGCUCGCCAAAGGACACUGCCCGAUGAGACUCGGCCAAGAGGCCCGACCCAAGCAGGUCCAGCCCCAAACGAGCCCUGGGCAUACAAUUGCCGCUCCACCACGACCAAGACCAAGACCAAGACCAGGACCAAGACGCCUCGCGAGGAGGAUGCUGGCGGAUCCUGUGUGCGCUGCGGGCCUGCCGAGAAGGCCGCGCGGCGGCCGAGCACGCGGUCGGGAGGCGUGUGCUGGUCGGCAGGUUGAGAUUGUUGGCUUGGCUGGCCGGCUGGCCUCACAGUCCCAUCUUGCCGUCCACCUGCUCCCAUUCAUCAGCUCUUGCGUCAGGCAUAUUGAUCGCCAGAGCGUCUCAUUUCGACCGCCAGAGUGCUUUCGCAUGCAUGCAUUGCAUUAUAUUCUGCUGCCCUUCAUGACAUUGCCUGCAUUGCCCGCAUUGCACUGCGUUGUAUUGCCGUUCAUGACAUUGCGCUGGAUUGCAUUGCGCUGGAUUGCUUAGCUUGUUUUAUCGUUCCUUAUAUUGUCAGACUUGAUUUAUUCUGUCCUGAUAUGCACUCAGCUUAUAGCUCUGACCUGGGCUUGAUUUCGUCGUGAUCGCGUCAGUCGUAUCAACGUGCCGGCGCAGGAUUUUGUCGCUGUGCUCCACCCCGAA